UCUCCUAAAAAAAAAUCUCACUUUGUAAAUGAACUUGGUGUUAACCCUUUUUUUUCCCCCGCAAACGCAUACGUAACAUCGUCCGAGUCCCAUCACCAUGGAAACCAAAAUCAGCCUACGAGUUUGUCAUGGCAACAACACCUCAUCCACGACAGACUUACUAACAGCUAUCACAAAUACAAAGCGAUUCAUUCAUAACCAGAACAGUACACUGUAGCCUGCACACAGAAUGGCAAUUAAACCAAUCGUAAAAACGCAUAGAUGACGGCAGGAAGGCGGAUCUCCUAGUUACCCAGCCAUGACAUGUCAUGAAUUCCCUACACGAAAGGAGCCGCUUGAAGCAGUAAUAAGCAAUGCGCAUGCGCAUAGGAGCCGAUGACGCUUCAUUUCCAGUCUCAAUGGGGCUUUCGAAUCCACCGAACUAUUAAGAGUGUAAAAUAGACAUGAAUAACUAGUAUUUUGCGUGUUUGGUUAAAACGUCUUUCUCGUAUAUUUUAGUUGCACUGGACACUCUUGAGAAGCUGAGAAAAUGACAUACACAAACAACAGAGAACACUCACCACAGUAAGUAACAGCAUUAGAUUAGCUGUAAACUGUGGUCUGCUAUGUUUGUAAAAAUGUUUGUAUAUUAACAGUAGCUGUAAAACACACUUUAAGCUGAUGUUUUGCUUUUUGCAUGUAAUUUGAAACUAACUGCUGUGUUUUUUGUGAUAGUAAUUCAUUUUCAACCAGAUUAUACACUGUGUUGCCUAUCGCUUUGACUGAUAGGCCUUGAUUUGUUUCUUAGUUGUGAUUUAUCCCUGUCUUUUGUGUUUUUUCUUAUAGCCAAAGUACUACUUAAUGAAAUCUGGUAAAUCUAGAUUUUAAAUGAAAACACGCACAACCGAUGUUACACAUGAGCAGACAGAUGUAGGCUUUCUCUCUUUGGAGAAUGCUAUUUUUGCCCAUGUCCUCGAUUUAAUCUUUUUUUACACUCCUUAUUACACCAGGCUAGAGGAAGAAUGAACAAGAUUUGGGGGGGAAAAAACCCCCAGAAAACUGGAUUUGUAUCAGUGUGAUGCCUGGGAUGAUGCGUUUUAUGCUGUUGUUUAGCCGGCAGGGGAAGCUGCGGCUGCAGAAAUGGUAUACAGCCACAGCUGAGCGUGACAAGAAAAAAAUGGUGCGAGAGCUCAUGCAGGUGGUGCUGGCUCGGAAGCCCAAAAUGUGCAGCUUCCUGGAGUGGAGAGACCUAAAGAUAGUCUACAAGAGGUAUGCCAGUCUGUAUUUCUGCUGUGCAGUUGAAGAGCAGGACAACGAGCUGAUUACCCUAGAGGUCAUCCAUCGCUUUGUGGAGCUGCUGGAUAAGUACUUUGGCAGUGUGUGUGAGCUUGACAUCAUUUUUAAUUUUGAGAAGGCUUACUUUAUCUUGGAUGAAUUUCUGAUGGGGGGAGAAAUCCAGGACACUUCAAAAAAAAGUGUGCUCAAGGCUAUUGAACAAGCUGACCUGCUACAAGAGGAGGACGAGUCUCCAAGGAGUGUACUGGAGGAGAUGGGUCUUGCAUAGAAUCUACUGAGUUUUAGAUGGGACAGUUUUAGGUACUACUACUGCAUUUGCCGAGGGAAUGGACUUUAUUAGAGUGUAUUUGGGGAGGGAGGGUAACGGAUGGCAUGAAAAAGGACACACAGGAUAGAGGGAUGGUUUGAAAGUGUGUAUACAGUUUUUAUACUACUGAGUUCCGCAUGUGAUUGUACUUUUUUCAGCCCCAUUUGUAUUCAUAAUGUUAAAAUAGCUGCGUCUGUAACCAGGACUCUCUUUCUGAAGAAGCACUAUACAGAUUAUAGUGUGGGAUACAGAUUAGACACUCGAUACACAGCCAUUUAUUUGUAAUGAACUGAAAGUGCAUCAAGCCUUCUCAUGUUAACAAAAGGAGACAAUUGCACAAUAUGCUUUUAGACUAUGAGGAGCACUUAUUAAUUUGAGAUUGCAGAAAUAAAUAUAUUCAGAAAUACUUAGAUUGUAUUUUUGCUGCUCAGGAAAGAUUGGCUGUAACCAUUCAUGCAUGUGUAUUUUUAAAUAUGAUGCAAGAUUUAAAGUAGAUGACCUAUCAGGCCUGAACUGCUUGUUCUGCAGUAUAGGGACCACACAGUAAAUCUACGUACGUGUGUGAGUGUAUGUGUAAAAAAAAAAAAAAAAAGUGUGUGUUUAUAGUGAGUGGGAGGCGUAUCUGUGCUAUUCACUUGCACAGUCUACCAUUAAAGCAGUUUUCCAUGAGCCAGAUUUAAAAAUAAACUGUGAUGUGUGACAUAGGAAAUAGAAGAGAAAUAUUGAAUAGGCCUUUGAAUCAGUAGAAUUUUGAAUAGACCGCUGCAUAUGGUCUAUUCAUUCAGUUCUAGUUCUAUGAACCACAUCUGCAAAGUCUCUGAAUGUUUAUUUUAAUACAAGAGGGGAAAAAAUACCCACAAAAUGGUACCUAACCUCUUUCCUGUUUUGUCUGUUUCUACUUCCUGCUUUCCAUAGAGACUGACUGUAAAUGCGUAGUCUUGGAAUAAAAAGGGAAUAAUAUUUGAAUAACUCCUUUAAAAAAAAAUGAGGGCUUUGGCAUCAUGUGUGACGUAGUUAGGAUACAAAUUUAAAAAAAAGUUUUUUAAUGUAUUGUCUGAAAUAAAAAGAAUGUUUUGAGUA